AUGAUCUACAGCAACUCUGGGAAAUCUCAGAAAGGAAGCCAUAAGAAGAAGCCUGAUGUGAGGUAUGCUCCCCAACACAGUGAAGUAAAGACUGGGUCUCUGACUGAAGCUCAACCAGCCCCUUCAGUAGCGUUGAGUGAAGGACAAGCCAUCUCUUUGAAGAGCAGUGACACUGUAGUAGAGGUCCAGCAGACCUCUGUGCAGAAGGAAGAGACAAGCUGUGAUGUUGUUAUAAAGACCUCCACAUCCCACUCCUCUAUCACCUCAGAACAGGUACCAGCACCCUGCGGCCGCAAGACCGAAGAGGCUAGCUGUGCUGCUACGGCUUCUGAAGAACUACAAAACCCAGAAGCCUGGAGAGUGGAGGUCCAAGAGGGCACUGAGGUGGUCCAGAGAGGACACUUAAAAGCUGCCAUUAAGUCUUUACAGAGUGCUACAACAGAGGAGGAGGAGGAAGAGGAGAAGGAGGAGGUAGUGAGAGGUAAUAUAAAGGCAGCGCUCCAUUCUCUGGAGAAGACUAGCGGAGUUAACGUCAGCCAAGGAGACUUCAAAGCUGCCAUGAUAUACAGGAACUCUGGGAAAUCUCAGAAAGGAAGCCAUAAGAAGAAGCCUGAUGUGAGGUAUGCUCCCCAACACAGUGAAGUAAAGACUGGGUCUCUGACUGAAGCUCAACCAGCCCCUUCAGUAGCGUUGAGUGAAGGAGAACAGGUGGCCACCAAGGAUCUGAGAGUAGCAACUGCAAAAAACAACAGCCCAGACCAAACCACAAAUACACCAGCUACAGACUCCACUUUGAAACACGAAUCUCAGACUGUCUCUCUCUCUCUCUCUCCUCUCUCACUCUCUCUAGCUCCCUCAAAGAAAAAGAAAAGACCUGUUGGCCCAAAACCAGGUCUUCUGCCAAAGCCAGCGGUUCCUCCUAAACCAGGUCAGAUGACAGGAAGCACAGCUAGUCAGUCAACAGAGACUGAGGUACAUAUCAGUGACAGCCAGACCAUUUCUAUAAGAACUACUAGUAGUAUUUCUAGUAUUUCUAGUACUACUAGUAGUCAACUGAAAGAGUCAACUGAAAGUCAACUAAAAGCGUCAACCAAAAGUCAACCAAAAGAGUCAACCAAAACUCAAUCAAAGGAAUCAACUAAAACUCAAUCAAAAGAAGAGCAACCUCCGCGACCAUUCACAAUCAAACCAAUGUCCUAUGCAGAUGCCCUUUGCAGAGGCUUACAACAGACUGAUAGUGUUACAGAGGCACAACAGAGUAGGUACGUAUCUGAGAGGCCAGCUGGGAGCUCAGUAGGAACCGCUGAUACAGGGGCUGUCGAGGCCAACCAACACACUGGUGAUGCAACCCAGCUCAAUGAGGAAAUGACAUUAAACCAGGAAGGUCAAGGGUCUGAGGCCAUCCCUCAGAGACAGAGUAGCUCUAACUCUGUACCAGUGGAGGAGUGCAACACUAAGUCACCACAGGAGAGGACUACUACAGAGCAGAGCCAGGGAGCAGGACCCAAGGGGGCCCCAGAGGACCAAGAGGAGAAGGUCAAUGAAGCACUUCAAAGCUUUGGAGGGAAGAAGGGGGCAGGAGAGGAGAAGAGGGCUGGAGGGGAGAAGGGGGCAGGAGAGGAGAAGAGGGCUGGAGGGGAGAAGGGGGCUGAAGGGGAGAUGGGGGCUGGAGGGGAGAAGAGGGCUGGAGGGGAGAAGGGGGCAGGAGAGGAGAAGAGGGCUGGAGGGGAGAAGGGGGCUGGAGGGGAGAAGAGGGCUGGACGGGAGAAGGGGGCUGGAGGGGAGAAGAGGGCUGGAGGGGAGAAGGGGGCUGGAGGGGGGAAGGGGGCUGGAGGGGAGAAGGGGGCUGGAGGGGAGAGUAAAGCCCCUGUGAAACCUAAACGAGUUAAGAUGACCCAGAGUGACGAGAACCAGAAACACACUUCUGAGAUUAACACCUCCACUUCUCUCACAGUUACACAUACUGCUGUGGGACAGCAAGCCAGUGACUCUUCUCAGCCUUAUCCAUGCAGUAAACCACAGAACAACUCUAAUAACGACAUCCAGGAAGAAGAGAAGGAAAACACAGUGGCAAUGAGGGAGAAGAAAGCGGAUAUGAAAGCAGAGACGGAGGACGAGCGUGGCCAGAGGCUGUCGGUCCACAUGGAUAAGAUCAUGAGGGGUAAUGUGACCAUGGCAAUGGAGAUCUUCGACAACCUGAGGAAGCAGGAGGAGCUGAAGGAGAUCUUGACCUGGGUGGAGGAGGUGGGGAAGGACACCAGCCAGGUGGACGUCAGGGCCCUCAGGAACAUCUUUGAGAAUGUACCUGACUGGGUCGUUGCCCCGAGAGUCAAGAGUCAACGUAAACAACAACAACAGACCAAGGUGGAACAGAAGGCUGAGAUCUCAGAAGUGAAGAGAUCAGAGACGCCGAAAGACGAUACCGAGACCUCAAUGUCCUCCAUGGCUCUCGUGUUCGGAAAUCUAGAGAGAGCAAGUGAGGAGAUCAUGAAUCUGAAGGAGCAGACGUUAGCCAGACUGAUGGACAUAGAAGAGGCCAUUAAGAAGGCUUUGUACUCUGUGUCCACUCUGAAGUCAGACUCCGACAUCGCUGGUCUGUCUGGCCUGUUUAAGGAGACAGCAGCCCAGACUCAAGGCUCCAGCAGCAACAUCAGCACUAUCAGUACCGGCUCCAGCAGCAACAUCAGCGCUAUCAGUACCGGCUCCAGCAGCAACAUCAGCACUAUCAGUACCGGCUCCAGCAGCAACAUCAGCACUAUCAGUACCGGCUCCAGCAGCAGAGCUAAGACGGCCCAGGGAAAGGACAGCCCUACCACUAUGACACAGAGAGACCCAGGUCUGCCAGUGAUACCGGAGGCUGAUCAGGGACCAGGGCUGAAGGAGCCUGUCAUUAAGUCCCGGAUCAGUCCUCCAUCCUCCCCCUCCUUCAUCUCCAUCCAGUCUGCAGCCAGGCAGGAGUCAGAAGACAGACAACAGGAGUCUGCAGACAGACAGAAGGGUUCUGCAGCCAGACAAAAGACAGAGUCCUCCCUGCAGCGUCCACUGUGCUCAGCCUGUCAGCUCAGCCCAAAGUGUUGCCCUUCCGGUAGCCCCUGUAACAGAAGCCCUCUCAAUCAGAAAGGUCAGGUCAGCGUACUCGAGGUGAAGACAGCCCCAGAGGGGAGUUGGGGUCGUUGGCACUAA